AUGAAGACCCAUGAAAUGUGCGCAAGACUACAAAAUAACAAAAUUCAAGAUGAGAGGGUUAAAGUUCAUCAUUAUAUGCUGCCAACUGAAUACAUACAGAAACUGGACCUACAGUUCAUGAACCGCAACGAUAUCGACGUCUCGAUUCUAUCGUUGAGCGCUCCAGGUCUUGCGUUCGCCUCAUCUGCCGAGGAAGCUACAAAACUAUGCCGAUCGGUCAAUGAGUACGCUAAGGAGAUCUCGACCAAUCACCCACGGCAAUUUGGUUUCUUUGCAUCCUUUUUCAUCCAUCCAACCUUUGGUAAAACUUGGGGCGCCCCGCCUAACCCUACUAUUCCUCGACCUAUGAUCGAUUUUCCUCACGAGAUAACCCGAACAGUAAUAAGUCUUAUCACGUCCAAGGUUGUUCGUGACUUUUCGAACUGUAAAAUCAUACUAUCUCACGGUGGCGGCACGCUCCCAUACGUGGCGACGAGAGAUGUGCACCAAACAGCUGACCUUGGACUGAAAGAUAAAACAGCCGAAGACUUUAUAAGGGAAGCAAAAUCAUUUUACUUUAAUCUUGCAUUGACGGGAUUUAAGGCACCUAUUAAACUUUUAUAA